AAACAUUUCAAAUUCAUUUUUUAAAUACAUAGGCAGUAGGCACAAAGGAUUUAGGCAUCCUUAAGAAGAUCACUAAAUUUGACUGUUUUUUUGCUACAACAUUGCCAUGGAAAAUCUAGCAUAUCAUGCAUUAUGCAACCAUGAAUUUACAAUAGAUCAAGGUUCUUAUGUCUUAUGUUCAAUGCUCAUGUUCCAAUGCUCCCGGUAGCGAGGAGCGCCUAUGCCUUCGCUAUUACGCCAUUUUUCGCAAAGCCUCGGGCAAAAGAAAAUAUAGCAGGUGGAAAAUAUAAAAGUAUAGAUAUAGGAGUUAUGGGAAGCACCAUCAUGAAAGUCAACACAAAAAAGAUCAGAGCCGCAAAAGCUCCUGAGGUGGGGUUCCUGGAAAAGACUACCGGCACACAAAGCUUGGUGGACGCUUGUUCCUGAUCCGUGGACUUUCCAGGCUGCAGGCGCUGCUGAAGAACAAAACAAAGAGCGGCUGAUGGUGUCAGCCAGUCGGUUCUCGGCCGCAGAGCUGAUCGGUAGCCGCUCAGCAUGGCGUCCGCCCGUUCCACGUUGGCGGCAGCUCUGCUGUCCGUCGCCUGUGGUCAGCUUAUCUUCGAUGGAGAUCAGCUGGGGCGUCAACUGGUGAGAGACUGCGGCGUGGCCCAGCCCAGCGGAAUAUUAUUCCCCUCAUCGGCUGCUCGUCUUCGUCGCAAUGCUAAAAAGGUCGACUUUGCACCUGGGAUGGGACCGACCCUCAUCCCUACAGUGGUCGGUGGAGAAGACGUGCAGCCGGAGCUGGGCCGCUGGCCGUGGAUCGCGCUACUCGGAGAGCGACUCGACGGACAGCGCCGCUGGACGUGUGGCGGCACGCUCAUCUCGGCUCGUACCGUGCUGACGGCGGCCCACUGCGUGGUCGGUCGGCGGCCCUCUGACCUGACCGUCCGGCUGGGAGAGCACGACCUCUCCAGAACCAACGACGGACGGCACGUGGACGUCUCCGUGGCCCGCAUCACGAUCCACCCGGGCUACGUGGGUAAGCAGAACGACAUCGCGCUGCUGCAGCUCAGUCGGCCGGUGACGUUCAGCCGCAGGAUCCAGCCGGUCUGCCUGCCGGCCGUCGACGCCAGCCACACGGGCAAGACGGCCGACCUGGCCGGCUGGGGCUACACCGAGUUCAACGGCGAGGGCUCCCAGGUGCUGCAGGAGGUGGAGCUGGUCGUGCUGGACGAGCAGCAGUGCGAACAGAGGUACCGCUCGGUGCCCGGCUUCGAGGACGACUUCCCGGGCGGCUUCCAGGGCACCAAGCUGUGUGCCAACGGCGCCGACGGCACCUCAAGGGACGCGUGCCGCGGCGACUCGGGAGGACCGCUAGUGUACCGCAGCAGUGGCUCCGACCGCCGCUACCAGGUUAUCGGAGUCGUCUCCACCGGACUGGGUUGUGGCAACCCCGAAUACCCCGGAAUCUACACAAAGGUCUCCAAGUACAUUUCUUGGAUAUUCAACAACAGUAGUUAGAUACGGGACACAGCAAUGGUAGUCUCUGCUUCGACUCAUCGGUUCCGGGAAAGAAGCACCAUGUGAUUGUUUCUAAAGUACUUUCAAAUUGCGCGAGAAAUGGUAGAAGUUCACAGGGAAGGUAGGUAGAUGGGUAGCAUGAUCUGGCUGUGUCGCUCUUAAAUUUUUUAAGGAGCAAUCUUGUGCAUUCAACAUUCGAGUGAAUGUUCUCGGUGAUCGAUGAACGUUUAACUUUAGGUGUUGCGUGAUAUUCUACUCCUUUUCUGUGUAUUUUUCCGUCAUGUGUCAACUGUCAGAUGAGAAAAGCAGAUUUCAUAAUCACCCUACGACUAAUUAUGUUCGCAUCGCACUGCGCUGUUGACAAUUGACAUUUGCAAUUUUGUGAUUUUUUGAGAAAUAUAUGAUUUUAUUUACAACCUGUUGGCAUGUUCGGAUGAAUUGCGCAAAUGUACAGGCAUGCCGGAAC